UCGGAGACGAUCUGUUCACCAGUGCGCAGCUAGUUUCCGUUCUACCGUCGUACAGCACCCUCCGAGGUCUGUUAUAUAACACUUCUGUGGGUAGUGCGCUCAAUUGCUCCCGUUGGCUCGCUGAGGAGCGAUCGCGCAGUUUGUCCCGUUUGGAACCCGGGCGACCAGUUUGGGGCCUGGUGUCGUUUGCAGUGUGCUGUGACAGGAUUCAAUCCGCAAAAAUACGGCAACUGCCGGUUACUAGCUAAUUCACCAUGGAGGACGGCCAUAGCAAGACCGUCGAAGAGUGUGUCGGAUUUUUCCGAGUCGACUCUGAGAAGGGCCUCACCCCUGAUCAGGUCAAGGAAUACCAGAAGAAAUAUGGCCCGAACGAGCUCCCAGCUGAAGAGGGAAAGACCAUCUGGCAAUUAGUCCUGGAACAGUUUGAUGAUCUGUUGGUUAAGAUUCUGCUGUUGGCUGCUAUUAUCUCCUUUGUCCUCGCCCUGUUUGAAGAACAUGAAGGUGUUGAAGCCUUCGUGGAGCCGCUCGUCAUCCUGCUCAUCCUGAUCGCCAACGCUUGCGUCGGUGUGUGGCAGGAACGUAAUGCCGAGUCCGCCAUUGAAGCCCUGAAGGAGUACGAGCCUGAGAUGGGCAAGGUUGUCCGCGGUGACAAGUCCGGUGUGCAGAAGGUGCGCGCCAAGGAGAUUGUCCCCGGUGACAUCGUUGAGGUGUCGGUCGGUGACAAGAUCCCCGCCGAUAUCCGUCUGACCAAGAUCUACUCCACCACCAUCCGUAUUGAUCAGUCCAUCCUGACUGGUGAGUCCGUGUCCGUGAUCAAGCACACCGAUGCCGUCCCGGAUCCACGUGCCGUCAACCAGGACAAGAAGAACAUCCUGUUCUCCGGAACCAACGUCGCCGCCGGUAAGGCCCGUGGUGUCGUCAUCGGCACCGGUCUGUCCACUGCCAUCGGUAAGAUCCGUACCGAGAUGUCCGAGACUGAGGAAAUCAAGACCCCGCUGCAGCAGAAGCUGGACGAGUUCGGUGAGCAGCUGUCCAAGGUCAUCACUCUGAUCUGUAUUGCCGUCUGGGCCAUCAACAUUGGUCACUUCAACGAUCCCGCCCACGGAGGUUCCUGGAUCAAGGGUGCCGUCUACUACUUCAAGAUCGCCGUCGCCCUGGCCGUCGCUGCCAUCCCUGAGGGUCUGCCCGCUGUCAUCACCACUUGUCUGGCUCUGGGUACCCGCCGUAUGGCCAAGAAGAACGCCAUUGUCCGCUCCCUGCCGUCCGUCGAAACCCUGGGUUGCACCUCCGUCAUCUGCUCUGAUAAGACCGGUACGCUGACCACCAACCAGAUGUCCGUCUCGCGUAUGUUCAUCUUCGAGAAGGUCGAGGGCGACAGCAGCUCUUUCUCCGAGUUCGAGAUCUCCGGAUCCACCUACGAGCCAAUUGGUGAGGUUACCCUGAACGGCCAGCGCGUCAAGGCCGCCGAUUACGAAGCUCUGCAUGAGCUGGGAACCAUCUGUAUCAUGUGUAACGACUCUGCCAUUGAUUUCAACGAAGUCAAGAAGGUCUUUGAGAAGGUCGGUGAGGCCACCGAGACCGCUCUGAUCGUCCUGGGUGAGAAGAUGAACCCCUUCAACGUGUCGAAGCAGGGUCUGGAUCGCCGUUCGUCGGCCAUCUGCGUCCGUCAGGAGAUUGAAACCAAGUGGAAGAAGGAGUUCACCCUGGAGUUCUCUCGCGAUCGUAAGUCCAUGUCCAGCUACUGCGUCCCGCUGAAGGCCUCCCGCCUCGGAAACGGCCCGAAACUGUUCUGCAAGGGUGCCCCAGAAGGUGUCCUGGAUCGUUGCACGCACGCCCGUGUCGGAACCAGCAAGGUCCCGCUGACCGCUACCCUGAAGAAGCGCAUCCUGGAGCUGACCGCCCAGUACGGUACCGGACGCGAUACCCUCCGUUGUCUGGCCCUGGCCACCGCUGAUAACCCGAUGAAGCCCGAAGACAUGGACCUGAACGAUUCCAACAAGUUCUACACUUAUGAAGUCAACCUAACCUUCGUCGGUGUCGUUGGUAUGCUUGAUCCCCCACGUAAGGAAGUCCUGGACGCCAUUGCCCGUUGCCGUCACGCCGGUAUCCGUGUCAUUGUCAUCACUGGUGACAACAAGGCUACCGCCGAGGCCAUCUGCCGUCGCAUCGGUGUCUUUACUGAGGAAGAGGAUACCACUGGCAAGUCCUACUCCGGCCGUGAAUUCGACGAUCUGCCCGUCAGCGAGCAGCGCGAUGCUUGUGCCCGUGCACGUCUGUUCUCCCGCGUGGAGCCCGCCCACAAGUCCAAGAUUGUUGAGUACCUGCAGAGCAUGAACGAGAUCUCCGCUAUGACUGGUGACGGUGUCAACGACGCCCCCGCCCUGAAGAAGGCCGAAAUUGGUAUUGCCAUGGGUUCCGGUACCGCCGUCGCCAAGUCCGCCUCCGAGAUGGUGUUGGCCGAUGACAACUUCUCCUCCAUCGUUGCCGCCGUUGAGGAAGGUCGCGCCAUCUACAACAACAUGAAGCAGUUCAUCCGCUACCUGAUUUCGUCCAACAUUGGUGAGGUCGUGUCCAUCUUCUUGACCGCCGCCCUGGGUCUGCCCGAGGCUCUGAUCCCCGUCCAGCUGCUGUGGGUCAACUUGGUUACUGAUGGUCUGCCAGCUACCGCCCUCGGCUUCAACCCACCGGAUCUUGACAUCAUGGACAAGCCACCCCGUCGCGCUGAUGAGGGUCUGAUCUCUGGCUGGCUGUUCUUCCGUUACAUGGCCAUCGGUGGAUACGUCGGUGCCGCCACCGUCGGAGGCGCUGCCUGGUGGUUCAUGUACCACGACCAGGGACCCCAGCUGACCUACUGGCAGCUGACCCACCAUCUGUCCUGCAUCGCCGGCGGCGACGAGUUCAAGGGCGUCGACUGCAAGAUCUUCACCGACCCCCACCCGAUGACCAUGGCCCUGUCCGUGCUGGUCACCAUCGAGAUGUUGAACGCCAUGAACAGCUUGUCUGAGAACCAGUCGCUGGUCACCAUGCCGCCAUGGUCCAACUUGUGGUUGGUCGGCUCCAUGUGCCUGUCGUUCGCCCUGCACUUUGUCAUCCUGUACGUCGAUGUUCUGUCGUCUGUGUUCCAGGUCACCCCGCUGAACGCCGAGGAAUGGAUCACCGUGAUGAAGUUCUCGCUGCCAGUCGUGCUGCUCGACGAAAUCCUGAAGCUGGUCGCCAGAAGGAUCUCCGACGUCAACCCCGAUUUCCAUUAAGCACCAUCAUCCAACAAAAAGCCUUCCUAUUGCUUCACCAAACCAACAAGUACUGUUGAAACCAAACGCCAAUCCUUAAAAGUAAACAAAAACAAAAAUCCAGCCAAAAUCAUCACCACCUUUUCCACCUCAAUGCUUCUUCAAUCCCUGGGAGGGAAAACAAACAUGGUGGAAGACCAAAUCCGAAGGGGAUUUCAACUCCGUGGAACACAACAGCUAGCAAAACCGGCCAGAUCCUGUUUAUUUCCAUCCCGCGAAAGAGAGAGACAACCGCACCGAGCGCAACCGGAAAUAGAUCGAUGGACUCUGACUUCCCUUCCCGGAUCACCCUCAAAACCAAACCCGCUUCCCUCCGUGUACCACGCCAUCACCCCUAUAAGAAAACCUCAACUGUCCGGAAACCCGGCUGUGACGUCAGCCUGACCAUCACCAUCACCAAUCCCUGCUUCUUGUUUACAAAACCCUCUUUUCCACAACAACAACAACGGCAACAACCUUCAACACCCUUUCUAGAAUUAUAUUAGAAAGAUUGAAUCUCUACAAAUAAGUGUUAAUAUAAUUCUAAGCAGUCGAGAGCGCGCAAAACGCAAACGCAAAUCUACGCGAUCAACCAACGAAGUUAUCAAGAAGUGGGAAUAAGCAGUUUGCCCAAAUCCUACACGAAGCUGCCCGCUCGCGCUCUCCAGCACAUCAUCGGAGAGCGUGAGCGCAACGCAAACGCAACGUAAGCAAUCAAGAAAAACAAAAGAAGAAAACAAACAAAACCAAAAAGCGAAGCAAUAAAGCACAAAAAGGAAAAAUAAAAACCUAAAAAAAAUAUAUCGUUAUUUAUUGAAACACAAAAAUACACACACAACCCAUCUAUGAAAUGCAAACGGGAAGAGGCAACGACAGCCGGCUUCUUCCCGGGAAGGAAGUAUUAAACCAAAGUAAACAAAAAAAAACAAUAACAAACAUCGUGUUUUUGCCGACAACACUAAUCUCUAAAAUGACAAGUUUUUUUCUAUUUCCUUUUCUCGUUUUACACUUGGACAAAUUCGGAAAGUAGUGGAAAGUAAAGAAAUCUUAAAAUAUAUACAAAUUUCAAUCUAGUGAGCGUGUUCCAAAAUCAA